UUGAACAGUCUGUUGUAACACGUGGAAAUUUAUACUUGACUGAAAACAGUGUUAAUUUUGUUAUUUUAGAGCAUUGGAAGCGCUCCCGAGUGACCUUUCACGAUGGUUAAACCACAAUUCAAAGGGAAGAGCUCCAUAAACCCUUCCAGCUCCAGCAGCAAUCCCGACCGGGUUAAGGGAGCUGGAGGGAACAACAUGAGGGACCGUGCCACAAUCAGACGCGUGAACAUGUACAGACAGAAACAGAGAUGUAAUAGUCUAGGUAAAGUGAUCAGGCCUUUGCAGUACCAGAGUACGGUUACUCCUGGUACGGUGGCCAGAGUUGAACCCAACAUCAAGUGGUUUGCUAAUACACGUGUCAUCAGGCAGUCAUCCUUGCAGAAAUUCCAGGAUGAGAUGAGUGCAGUCAAGAAAGAUCCCUACCGAGUAGUGAUGAAACAAAGCAAGCUACCAAUGUCAUUGCUGCACGACCGAAUCAAAGCACAUAAUUCCAAGGUGCACAUUCUGGACACGGAGACGUUCGAGACCACGUUUGGGCCGAAGUCGCAGAGAAAAAAGCCCAAUUUGUCAGUGGGAGAGUUGCAGGAUUUAGCCGAGCAGGCUGAGGCCUCCUCUCAGACCUACAGCGAAAAAGAUCGUGAUUUGGUGACCGAGGACAGCGGAGUCCGGGAUGAAGUUCAGGAAGAAAUCUAUAAAAAGGGACAGUCAAAGCGGAUCUGGGGCGAGCUGUAUAAGGUUAUCGACUCCUCAGAUGUGGUUAUUCAAGUGUUGGACGCUCGGGACCCUAUGGGUACACGUUCCAAGAGCAUUGAGACUUACAUGAAGAAAGAGAAACCUUGGAAACAUCUAAUUUUUGUGCUUAAUAAGUGUGACCUCAUUCCCACGUGGGUCACGAAACGCUGGGUAGCCAUCCUUUCUCCGGAAUAUCCCACCCUUGCCUUUCACGCCAGCCUUACCAACUCUUUUGGUAAGGGUUCGCUCAUCCAGCUCCUGAGGCAGUUUGGCAAGCUUCAUUCAGACAAAAAGCAGAUCAGUGUUGGUUUCAUUGGUUACCCCAACGUUGGAAAGAGCUCGGUUAUCAACACUCUCCGCUCCAAAAAAGUCUGCAAAGUGGCUCCCAUUGCUGGUGAAACUAAGGUCUGGCAGUAUAUCACACUAAUGAGACGCAUUUUCCUGAUUGACUGCCCUGGCGUCGUCUACCCCUCAGACGACAGCGAGACUGACAUCGUACUGAAGGGAGUGGUCCAAGUGGAGAAGAUCCGAUGUCCAGAGGAUCACAUCGGCGCGGUGCUGGAGAGGGCGAAAUCUGAGUACAUCCAGAAAACAUACCGAAUUCCAUCCUGGAGCUCCCCCGAAGAUUUCCUGGAAAAGCUCGCCUUUCGUACCGGAAAAUUACUCAAGGGUGGAGAGCCAGACAUUAGUACUGUCUCUAAAAUGGUUUUAAACGAUUGGCAGAGAGGACGGAUCCCCUCUUUUGUGAAGCCCCCUGGGGUUGAGAUGGAGGAAGAGAGCAAAGCACAACCAUCGCUGGAGGUGCCCGAGAUGGAGACGGAAGAGUUUGAAAACAGACUUGAAGUGGAGAAUGUGGAGGGGGCAUCAUCCAGCGCGCGGGAAGCUGAACAGCUUCUGAGACAGAAACAUGAGGACAUGCAGAAGAUCUUCGGAAAUGUCAAGCAAAACUUCGGCAAAAUAAACGUCGCCCCAGAGUUCAGUGAAGAAGAUCUUGUGCCUGUUGAAAUGCCAGACAUUUCUGAUCCCUCUGGAUCAGAAGAUGAGAAAGAUGAAGAAAAGGAGGAGGACGAGGAACAAGUGGAGAAGAACGAGGAACAAGUGGAGAAGAACGAUGAAGAGAAACAGGAGGAGUCCUCUGUAGUCGAGACCCCAACUAAGAGCACACAAGAAGUGAACAAAGAGCUGGAUGAGAAAAUAGCCAAAUUGAAACAUUUUCUUGAUCGUGCCAAGUCGAAACGCUUCUCUACCUUACGAAUUCCCAAAGGCCUUUCUGAAAAGGUGUUUAUGAAUGCCGGAACAAAGCAGAAUAGUCCAAAGAAUCCACAACAGAAGGCUGUGUCACAAUUGGGCAAAAAGAGGAAAGCUUUGGAUGAAGAGGAAUCUUCACAGCCUGCCAAACUCACAUCCAAAGAGAAAAGACGACUGGAACGUGCCCAGAAAGUAAAGAAAAUCGGAGUCCGUUAUUACGAGACGCACAAUGUCAAGAACAAGAAUAAAAACAGAAAAAUACCCCAGGAUGGUACACGACCAAAACGAGCCAAGAGAUAAGAUCUGGCCAGAUUCCCAUUACAUUAAAACCCAGUUUUCCUAAAGUUGUUUUGGAGGCUACGUUGAAACAUCUGGAUUGGAAUCACAGUGAUUCGUGUAGAGGUGAAAGUUUGGUUGAUCUCUGACACAGACGAUCUAAUGCACUUCAAUUAUACUGUGACCAUCUUAUUGGACAUUUUACUGAAGUGUGAUGAUUCAUUUCAGGACCGCAUUUUAAAAGCUUUCAGCUUAAGAGAAUGUCCUGUUUCGGCUGUAUUGAAAUAUAAAUCAUGUACCAAUGCAUCUUUAUCUGUUCUCUUGCUUUGAGACAAAAUAAUAAAUACUAAACAGGU